AUGGCUGGAUUGAGGGCUCCUAAGGCUGGCGAUGCGUUCAGACUUGAAGUCAAAUAUGAAGAAAAAUAUGACGAACAAGACAAGUUAGGAACUCCAGAAAAAUUGAUUGAGUGGAUACACCAGGUUCUUGGAGCUGAUGCACCAGCCGCCCCUGGUCACUCGUGGCAGGACAUCAGUAACUAUUUGAAGGAUGGCGUUAUUCUCUGCAAACUUAUCAACAAAUUAUCAGCAGCAGCUGGCAAAGGCAAGGCAGAUUUCAACGCGAAAGGUGCUGGAAAGAGUUUUGUGGCCAUGAACAACAUUGAAAAUUUCAACAAAGCCGCAAGGGAGUACGGGGUUCCUGAAAACGCCCUCUUCCAAACACCUGACCUAUACGAGGGCAGGAAAGGACCCCUUCUGAAUGUUAUAAACUGUCUUAAUCAGCUUGGAUUUGUGGCCAACGCAAAAGGUUACUCCGUGAAAUACCAUGGGCCAGCCCCUCCCAAAUUCGAUUCAUAA